UGAUUCUGUUGUCAAACAAAGCAUACACGAAAAACAUACAUACAUUAAAACCCUAUAGUCGGUUUUCUAAAUGUUGCCUCGUUAGUUGUUAGCAACUCUGUGGUUUUUCCCUGUAUUUUCGCCCAGCAAGUUUCAGAUCCACCUUCCACCUAAACAUGGCCAGUAAGUUCUUUUAUUUCGGUUUCGGUAGUAAUAUGCUGGCAAGUCGGAUUCACAUACAAAACCCCACUGCCAAAAGAAUUGGAGCCGGCAAACUAGAGAACUUCCGGCUGGACUUUCACACAGCAUCGAAAACCUGGCUGGGGGCUCCGGCUACAAUCGUACCCACUCAAGGAUCCCAUGUCUACGGCUCCAUUUGGGAAAUUGAUAUGUGCAACCUCAAGGAUUUAGAUGAUCAGGAAGGUGUGUUCGAUGGUAUAUACAUUCCAAUUAGCGUUCCCGUUCACUCGUUGACCACCGAUUGCAAUAUCACCUGUCGUGCCUAUCACCUGACAAAUCAGCCCCAAUCAGAACUCCAUGCCGAUGGUGCCCAGGAAAACAUUCCCCUCGAUCGUCAGCCCUCGAAAACAUAUCUUAAGGUCCUGGUAAAGGGAGCCAAGGAAACAGGGAUUCCGGAGGAGUAUAUCAAGUGGCUGAGGGGCAUUAGGCAUAAUGACAUACAGGCGCCGACUAUGGAGGCAAAACUUGAAUUGGACCAAGUGCAGCUGAGUUGAUUCCAUGGAUGUUCUAUAUAAAUUUGCUAAGAUAGCAUUAAAGUACAAAUUAAACAUUUUGUA